AGCGGUAGCCACGUCUGAUUUGGAGGGACUAUGGCAGUUCUAUGGCAUUCCCAAAAGAAACAAACAAAAUAACAUUUAAUUUCAUCCUCUUGUCGUUUCUAUUGUGGAUGGGAGCUGUCGCAGAGACUGGAAUUAUACAAUCAUCCGAGAAUGGCGUACUCUUGGGUAAUAGCACUAUCGUUUGUUGUUUGCGUUUUCUUUGCUCAGCCGGUGCCUACGCUUACAUGGAACACAGACCUGGAACUCUUUGACCUGGUGGAGGAAAUCCCACAAAACUUUUAUGAAUUCUUAUCCGUCGAGCAGGAUGCUUCCUCAGCAGACAUCAGAAAGGCCUAUCGGAGGCUGUCCCUGACCCUGCACCCUGACAAGAACAAAGACGAGAAUGCCGAAACCCAGUUCAGACAACUGGUGGCAAUCUACGAAGUGCUGAAAGAUGAGGAGAGAAGGCAGAGGUACAAUGACAUUCUCGUCAACGGGUUGCCAGAUUGGAAACAGCCUGUAUUCUACUACCGAAGGGUCAGGAAGAUGAGUAAUGCAGAACUGGGAUUCCUGCUCUUCCUCAUACUUACAGUGGGCCAUUACGCAGUCAUAUGGUCCAUCUACCUGGAGAAGCAGCUGGAUGAACUGCUGAGCAAGAAGAAGAGGGAAAAGAAGAAAAAGACAAGCAGCAGGAGCCCUGAUGAGCUGAAGGCUGUGGCUCAGGACAAAAAGGAGAGGUCCUUGGAGAAACCCCAUUGGCAGGACAUCUUGCCACUCAAGAUGGGUAUCUGGGUAUAUCUGUCAGUGAUGUCCCUCCCCUGUCUCAUCCAGGAUGUGAAACAGUACUAUGAAGACUACAGAGAGCUGAAGAGUAAAGAGAAGGAAGAGGCGCAGGCUCUGGCAGAACAGGAGACACAGCAAAAAGAGAAGAGGCCCAAGGUGAAGAAGCCCAAAGUGGAGUUCCCUGUUUACGAGCCUCCCUCAGUGGACAGUGCCUUGGUGCUUUGCUAUGAUCAGGGGACCUCCAUUGAGGAGAUCGAAGACCAGAUGGAUGACUGGCUGGAUGACAGGAAGAAUCAGAAAAAAAAGGCACCUCAGUGGACAGAAGAGGACCUCAGUCAGCUGACUCGCUGCAUGGCCAAAUUCCCAGGAGGCACACCGGGUCGAUGGGAGAAGAUCGCUCACGAGCUCUGCCGGUCUGUGACUGAUGUUACAUCAAAAGUCAAACAAGUCAAAGACAAUGUCACAAACACAUCAGGGAUGGUGAAACUCUCGGAACUCCGGGGCAGUGCUCAGGCAAUUAAGGGCUUGAAAGUGGGCACUCUCCCAGACAGCCUAAUCACACAGCGAGAGGAGGAGUCUUUUGAGUACACUGCAGGUGGAGAUGAAGGAGAGGGGAGGGCCAGGCGCAGGAGGGCCAACAAGAGUGCGGGAGAAGAGAGGGAGCGGGAGAAGGCCAAGAGCCGCAGGCAGAGGGACUUCGACCCCACGACCGUGGACGAGGACAGCGGGGAUGAGGUGGAGAGGAAGCCGACAAGGGAGCUGUGGACACAGAACCAGCAGCGGCUUCUGGAGCUGGCACUGCAGCAGUACCCCCGUGGCACCCCCGAGCGCUGGGACAUGAUCGCCAAGGUGGUGCCAGGAAAGAGCAAGGAGGAGUGCAUGAUCCGCUACAAGCUGCUGGCAGAGCUGGUGCAGAAGAAGAAGCAGGGAAAAAGCUGAGCCAGGGUCACCACGGUUAUGCAACUCCCACCUGCCUGUCACGUGCCUUAGGUCCAGUCCUGGUCUGGCCUCUCUGUGCCCACCUCUAGCUUCAGCAUUUUGCAGCAGACAUUUAUGCUCGGUCUGAAA